GAGACUCAUGGUUCCUAGGCAACGAGUGUAAACGUAAAAAAACGAUUAACAAGUGGUUCUAGAGCAGCUUUUAUCAGACGACGGAUAAAAGGUCGUGGCUGAUGGUGACGACCCAGUGGUCGAAUGCAAAGAUUUACAAACAAGGACAACCUCAAACACAUGACCUUCUACAACAAGUGAAGUCAUGAGUACAAGGAGAGGAAGGAGUCUUCAGAGUGAGAGAGACACUGAAGGACAAAGACAAGACAGUGUCUAUUCUAAAGCACAAAGUGGGGCUGGAAGGAAAGCAGAUGGAGAUGACUGUCCCUUUCCAAAUAAGCCUGUUAGCCACAGAAGUUCCUUCAGCUCCAGGACACACAAUUCACUUGAUCGGAUUGAUUUUGAAAACAAUUCUCCUACAAAACAACCCGUUAAAGAAACCACGGGAUACCAGCAUCGAAAAAAAGACCUACACAGACUGCCCAGUGAAGAACUGCAGCUGGCCAAAGCAAUUCAUGAAAAACAGCUAAAGCUACAGGAGAAGCUGUGGAGGGUUGAAGAGAAAAUAAAACACAAGAUCCAGAGCAACCGUGCUGAAGCUGCUGCAGGCCAUGAUGAAAUGAAGAGAGGCAGGGGACAACCAGAGUGGCGACAAGCUCAGGAAAGAAAACAAGUGGAUGUUAAACAACUUAGUUGGAAGCACGAUCAGCAGAAUGAGGAGAGAAUGAUGAACACAUAUGGAGAAGAUGGGGCUGGAGGGAAGAGAGGAGAAACGGAAGGUGCUGAGAGUUCACAGUCAAAAGGAAAAUCAACUCAGCACAAAGUGAGUGGAGAGCUAAACAAAUCAAGAUGGGAAAGUGUCAAAGAGCGUUCGAGAAGAAAUUGGGAGGAAAAAGAUUAUGACGUUUAUGGAGAAGAAGAUGUGAGGUCACAGCACGGAAGGGCAGCACAAAAUAAAGGAUAUGAAGGCUGGACAAGAGAGGAGAAAUACUGGGAAAGAACAUAUGAUGAACAUGAAGACGUGCGUCAGAUUGGUGAAAAGAAAAAUGUUGAUGGACUGGAAACAGAAAACCAUAGAGAUGCAGAACAUAAGACAUCGAGGGAAUCUUCUCUCCCACCAGAUUUUAGUCCGUCUCAUUCAGGCAGACGACAGGAGGAGGAAGAGGAGGAGCUGGGAUCCAUGGAUAGCACAGGUGCCAACUUCCAGCUUUUCCCUUGCAGAAUGUGCAACAGAAUGUUUGCUCGGGAAAGGCUGGAAAAACAUGCGCAAAUCUGUAAAAAGGUGAAACAGUCGCAUCGUCAGGUCUUCAACUCUUAUGCUCACAGAACCAAAGGAUCUGCCUUAGAGGAGUUCCUGAAAACCCACACCAGGAGCAAGACUCCAGAGGUUUUACAGAAAAAGAACUGCAGACAAAAUGACCAAAAGGCCAAGACAAAGACUGUGCAGCACGGUCGACUCCCGGCUGGAACUUCACAGUCAAAACGGUCCAAGUGAGCUGACUGAGGAGGAUGACAGGACACUGAUGCUGGGACCAGUCGAAUAAAUCACGUUAUUGUUCA